UGUUACUUGACGCAUAUUAUCAAAUGCAUUGCAAAAACAGGUGUUAUGCCUACUAGCCAAUAAGCACUCUGUCCAGGAAUUGCGGUAUUCUUGCUCGCCUUUAUUAUUAUAUACCGCUAAACUGGAACAAAGACAAAAGCCGCAGUACAGCUUAGCUUACCGGUACACAGCGUUGUCGCCAUGGUAGCUGGUGCGCGUUCAGGAUAGCAUUGCCCGGUUUUACGGAGGGAGCUUCUUUAAUACAGGAGCGUCUCUAUCAGAGUUUCGCCACCGUCGCGCCACGCAAGCAUAGCGUUGCCAACCGUUUUUUCCCAUCGCGACAGCUGAAGUGGCGACCAUCGGCCCCCACUAAAGAUACCUUGCGGAUGGUCUGGGCGUCGCAAGACAACCCUGAGGAUGCAGCAGCCGGCGUUGAGUCCGUUAAAGUCAAGCCGCUAAAGAAGCGGUGCGGUUCGCGCAAUGGACUGUCCAGAUAUUACAGCAGCAAAAGCCAAUCAUUUUCUUCCCUAGACCUCGUGCACUGCACGCAGUUUGGCAACUCGGCUCUCGCCCUUGCAAAGCGACCAUCUAGCUUUGAUCUGCGACGGCAUGGAGGCUCUUUGUCUCCUCAACAGCUUGGGGUCCGCUGCAGCUCGCUUGCUACCAGCGCUGGUGCUCGCAGCAGCCCGCAGCAAUCCAUUCCCUGCAUGGACGUAUUUAACGAAGAGGAGGAUAGCGCACCGGACCGCUGCCCCUGCAACGACACCAUCUUCACUGAUCCUUCCGAGGCAUUUAUAAGCCCCGAGGGCAGCCCAAGCGUUCCCAGCUGCCUGGGCAAUGAAUUGUACGGCAACUGCAGCUUGGCUUCCGUAUUUUCAACACCCCAGGUGGCCCAGGAGCCGCAGGUCUCCGUGCAACGGCAAUGCCAGCAGCUGCAAAACAGCUACCUAUCUCAUCUGUCAGCGCUACUGCCAAUCCAGCAAGGUCGCAGCAGCAACUGCUGCUGUGGCGGCACCAGCAGCACCAACAGCGGCUGCUACUACUGCUACUGCAACGGCAGCAGAAGCACUGGCAGCCUGGGCGGUAGCAGGAGCUUUAUCGCCAGUGGCAGCGGUUUCGAGAGCAGCAGCGCUCCUUCCUACGGCGAAAAUGACCCACGGGUCGGUUCGGUGCUGCCGCCCUGUCAGCCGCAUUCCUUGCGGCCUAUACCUCCAUGCGCCAGCAGCGGCCUCGCCAGUGGAAGCGGGGGUGUUGCUCCUGGGUUCGUGCCUGGCAGCAGCUUCGAUUACGGGGUUGGCUGCGGAGGAGUGAAGCAGAUGGGGAUUGGGGUCACAGGAUUGGGGAACUGCACCAGUCCUUGGCAGCCGCUGCCGCCGCUGCACCAGCAACAGGAUCUGAUUGCGCCGCUAGGGGCAGCGGAAGCUGCAGCCGUAUCGCGGCUGCGUCACGCCUCUUGCAGCAGCGAUCUGAACAACUGCAACAGCCUUACUAAUGACAACAGCUUUAGUAACAGUAACAUCAACAACGAAGGGUGCAUUGCCAAUGAGGACCGUCCUAGCGUCAGCUCCUGCCGUAGCUUUAACGCCAAUAGCAAUAGCAGCAGCAACGCUAAUCUGUACGGCAACAUGGCUGCAACCGUCCGUAGCCGCAACUGUUCCAGCGCUGGCGGCAGCUACCCAGCAGAACAUGCGGAAGCCGUCGCCGCCGCCGAUGGCAGCUGCUCCUUUGCCGUCGCCAGCAUCAGCGCUGCCCACGGUAACCCCAGCAUAAUACCAGCGGACACGUUACCGUCCGCCGCCGCCGCACCGGUGGCG